UCAUGAAUGAAUAUGAAUGGUGUUAUGGGUGUGAACACUUAGUUUACAAUGUGCAUUCGUUACAGCACCUCCCUGACGACGUUCAAGCACAUGGACCUUUAGAUAGUUUUUCAGCCUUUCCAUUCGAGUCUUAUAUGAGACAAAUUAAGGAUUCCGUGCGUAGUGGGUUUGCAGUGGCUAAGCAAGCAGCACAGCGUUAUGCUGAGAGAAUGUCCUUCAGCGAUAGGCUUCAAAUUAGUGGCUUAACUAAUACUACCGCAAUAGGCGCUACUGAUGUCUCUACAAAACAAGUAAUUAUGUUUAACAGUAGUAAAAUCACUUCAUGUCAGCCUGAUAAUGUAGUAGUAGUGAACGGCCAGCCAGGUUUAAUCACUGAUAUAAAGGAGGAUGGACUACUAAAAUUUAGAACUUUCACUGACCCACGCAAUUACUUUGAAGAUCCAUUCCCAUCUACUGAUAUUGGAAUUUUUAGGUGCUCCGUAGUUAGCCAUGAACACACAUGGAUAUCACUUAAGGACAUUGAUUGUAAAUGUAUAGCCAUCAACUGUAUCAAUUAUGUAGUUAUAGUCCCAUUGUUGCAUACUGUAUUGUAAAUGCAUUUUGUUUCACUAGUGUUUAUUAAUGACGAUAAAUCAUUU